AGUUUCCUCAAUAACUGCAUUCAAUGGAAUACAAUGAACCAAAUGAAUGAAACUGAAGUCUGGGAAUUUGUCCUUUUGGGGUUUUCGGAUCACCCCACAUUGGAGCCAGUGCUUUUUUCCAUCUUCCUCUUCAUUUAUCUCCUUAUCCUGCUUGGCAAUAUUGGUAUCAUUAUCCUGGCUGCUACAGAUCCACAUUUGCAGACUCCCAUGUACUUUUUCCUUCAAAAUCUGGCAUUUCUUAAUCUUUGCUAUACCACUGCUGUGAUCCCGAAAAUGUUGUCCAACAUGAUAUUGACCAAGAAAGUCAUAUCCUAUCACAUGUGCAUGGCACAAACAUAUAUCUCUCUCUUCAUGGGAGCAGCAGAAUGUAUCCUCCUGGCUGUGAUGGCUUUUGACCGCUUUUUAGCAGUGUGUCACCCCCUGCGUUACACCAUAAUAAUGAAUUUCCAAACCUGCAUUAGAAUUUCAGCUGCUUCUUGGAUUGUUAGCUUUCUAGUUUCUGUUGUCCCACUCUACCUUUCUUUGCCCCCACUUUGUGCCCCAUAUGUCAUUAACCAUGUUUUCUGUGAGGCUCCUGUUUUACUGCAUAUGAUUUGCACUGAUACCUCUUUAAAUGAAUUAUUAAUGUUAGUUGGUAGCCUAGGGACACUAAUGCUGCCCUUUAUCUUGAUUCUGAUUUCAUAUGGUUAUAUUAUUGGUGCAAUAAUAAGGAUCCACAGCACUAGUGGCAGAUGGAAAACCUUUUCAACAUGCUCUUCUCAUUUGACAGUGGUGAUAAUCUAUUAUGGAACAGGAAUGUUCAUGUAUAUGAAGCCAAAAUCCAGUUACUCAGCAGAGCAUGAUAAGCUAAUUUCUAUAUUUUAUUCUGUUAUCAAUCCACUGCUGAACCCUAUAAUAUAUAGCUUUAGAAAUAAGGAAGUCAAAGAAUCAUUAAGGAGAGUCUUUGGAAUAAAUACAUUGGACAAGCCAUACUAA